CAUGAUACAUGAGUUUUUGGGAGAAUCGCAUACUGCAACCGUUCUGUUUACUGCAUUAUAAUUUUAAGUCUAUAAUAUAAAGCUACACUAUUGUUCCAUUAGUCUAUUCCGCAAAACGGAAGAGCCCGGUAUAAAAAUCAAAUCAACAAUUGAAGGUAAUCGGACAGCCAUGGAUAACGUCGUGGCUUUGUACAAGCAAUUGAAAUCGGAAUGGAUUAAGACUCCAAUCAAUCUUAAACUUUGUGGUUCCCUGCUCGAUAAGCUGAAGAUCGCAUUGAUUGAUUUAUCGUACCUUCCUACAAGCAAUAAUCCCGCCUCGCAACAGGAACUUGUUAUUGCUCGUGAUGUUUUAGAAAUAGGAGUAGAAUACAGUGUGGCCACGAAGAAUAUUCCUGCCUUUGAGAGAUAUAUUUCCCAGCUGAAAUGUUACUACUACGACUAUAAGAAUGAACUUGGAGAGUCGAAGAAUAAGUAUCAACUGCUGGGACUGAAUCUAUUGUUUUUGCUAUCACAAAAUCGUGUCGCUGAAUUCCACACAGAGCUAGAGCUGCUCCCAGCCGAUAUCAUCCAGUCGAAUCAAUAUAUUCGGCAUCCACUUGCUCUCGAGCAAUAUCUUAUGGAAGGUCGGUACAAUAAGAUCUUCCAAGCAAAGGGAAAUGCCCCCGCGGAAAGUUACAAUUUUUUCACCGACAUUCUUCUACAAACCGUCCGCGAUGAAAUCGGAGUUUGUCUGGAGAGUUCCUACGAAACGAUUUCACUUCAGGAGGCAGCCAAAAGACUGAAUCUCAAAUCGAAGGAGGAAGUCAAACAGUUCGGGGAGAAGAAAGGCUGGAAGCUGAAUUCCGACGGAUUAUAUCAUUUUGUUAGUGAGCUAGUUAAGGCGAAGGAACCUAUUCCGUCUCGCGAGCUGGCAGAACAGGCGAUUUUCUACGCCCGCGAACUGGAGAUGAUUGUCUAAUUGUGGAGUUUGGGUCUGAAUUUAAAAAAAAACAUUGUAUUGAUUCAAAGCACAUAAUUUAAUAAACAUGUAACAAUUUA